AUGCUCUCCGGCAUCCUCGUCUUCAACCAAAAAGGCGAGAACCUCAUCUUCCGAGCCUUUCGCAACGACUGCCGCCCUCGCCUCGCCGACGUCUUCCGCAUCCAGGUCAUCUCUAACCCCCAAGUCCGGUCGCCGAUCCUGACGCUGGGGAGCACCACCUUUAGCCAUGUCAGGCACGAGAACAUCUACCUGGUGGCCAUCACCAAGAGCAACGCCAAUGCCGCCUUGGUCUUUGAGUUUCUCUAUCGCCUCAUCGCCCUAGGGAAGGGUUAUUUCGGCAAGUUUGAUGAGGAGGCCGUUAAGAACAACUUUGUCCUCGUCUACGAGCUGCUCGAUGAGAUCAUCGAUUUCGGCUACCCACAAAAUACCGAGACCGACACACUUAAGAUGUACAUCACAACCGAAGGCGUCAAGUCCGAACGUGCCGCCGAAGACUCGGCCAAGAUCACAAUGCAGGCCACGGGGGCGCUCUCAUGGCGCAAAGCGGACGUCAAGUACCGCAAGAACGAGGCCUUUGUAGACGUCAUCGAAGACGUCAACCUCCUCAUGUCGGCUACGGGAGCCGUCCUCCGCGCCGACGUGACCGGCCAUAUCGUCAUGCGCGCCUACCUCUCCGGCACGCCCGAGUGCAAGUUCGGCCUCAACGACCGCCUCCUGCUCGACCACGACGGCCUGCACAGCCUCCCCUCGGGCAACCGCAUGGGCACCAAGGCCACCAAAGCGGCGGCCGGCAGCGUCAGCCUGGAGGACUGCCAGUUCCACCAGUGCGUCAAGCUGGGCAAGUUCGACAGCGACCGCAUCAUCUCGUUCGUGCCCCCCGACGGCGAGUUCGAGCUGAUGCGCUACCGCGCCACCGAGAACGUCAACCUGCCGUUCAAGGUGCACGCCAUCGUCAACGAGGUGGGGCGCACCAAGGUCGAGUACAGCAUCGGCAUCAAGGCCAACUUCGGCACCAAGCUCUUCGCCACCAACGUCGUCGUCCGCAUCCCCACCCCGCUCAACACCGCCAAGACCACCGAGCGCUGCACCCAGGGCAAGGCCAAGUACGAGCCCUCCGACAACGCCAUCGUCUGGAAGGUCGGCCGUUUUCCCGGCCAGAGCGAGUACGUCCUCAGCGCCGAGGCCCACCUCACCAGCAUGACCAACCAGCGCGCCUGGAGCCGGCCGCCGCUCAGCCUCGACUUUAGCCUGCUCAUGUUCACCAGCAGCGGCUUGCUGGUGCGGUACCUGAAGGUGUUUGAGAAGAGCAACUAUCCCAGUGUCAAGUGGGUGCGGUACAUGACCAGGGCUGGGUCUUACGAGAUACGGUGGGUUUUGUUGCCUUUCCUUUCCUUUCCUUUCCUUUCCUUUCCUUUUUUUUUUGUUUCUUUGUCCUUUCUUCGAGCUUGA